GUCAUGGGAGAAACUGAACUUGACACGAUGGUUUUCAUAUUCCGCACUUUACAUGCUUGAGUGCAUGGGUUGACAUCAAAGCGACCAUAUCGCGCCGGCGUGAUCAUUGGGCAUCACCGAUUAUAUGACUGCCUCAUAAAUGUGAGAGAAGGGUGCACAGAGAUACUUUCGAUAACACGGCAGGCUAAGCCUCUCAGCUAUAAGCCUGAUAAUUGGCAAAGCACAAUGGGAGUUGGUCCAUAAUCAUCGGACCUUACUAAAUACGAUGUAGAGAUAUCGGUUAUUCGUUGAUGCCUAGGUUCUUUUCCCCUUGGGAAGAGAGGGAUAGGUGCCUUUUUUUUUCUUGAUUCCCUUCGAAUUAGCGUUUUCUUUUUAUUUUUUCACAUCGCAGCAUCACAUUCUGGUGAAUGUUGGAUACUCCUGGAAACAGAAUUAAAAAGUAAAUCCUCAAAUGGAUAUACUUAUGGCUUCUUUUUCGGAUCUAAAUUGACGAUCUUUUUUCUUUUUAAAAAAUGAGAAUGAGAAAUAUGUCGGUGCUGCCUAUUUGUUUCACCACUUCUUUCCCUGUCCAGCCUUUUCAUUUUUCAUACUUCCUACAGCUAUCAAAAAAUUCCCGAGGUGAUUUCUGGUUGAGUCCUUUGAGGUGUGGGACCUAUGCUUCGUCUGUCGCGCACUGCCCUUACGGGGCGAGCGAUGAUUUCUCGCGGAAGCCCUGAGUGGUCGCACCGCCUGGACCUUAAAAAAGGCAAAAAGACCACUUUAGCGCAUAAAUUGGGAACCAGCAAGCCAAAUAACGCGCUUCAGUACGCGCAGAUGACGUUGCACGACCUCACGGAAUGGGCGCUCGCGUACUCGCCGUGGCCGCUGACGUUUGGGUUGGCGUGCUGCGCGGUGGAGAUGAUGCACUCGUACGCCUCGCGGUAUGAUCUCGAUCGUUUCGGCAUCGUUCCCCGCCCUUCCCCUCGUCAGGCGGAGAUUAUUAUCGUCUCGGGAACGGUUACGAACAAGAUGGCGCCGCUUCUGAGAAAUAUCUACGUCCAAAUGGUGAACCCAAAGUGGGUGAUCUCGAUGGGUAGCUGCGCGAAUGGGGGGGGGUAUUAUCACUUUUCGUACGCCGUCCUUCGUGGGUGUGAGCGCUCUAUCCCAGUUGACUUCUGGAUCCCAGGCUGCCCGCCCUCCGCUGAGAGCUUGGUGUUCUGUCUGCAUAACCUUCAAAAAAAGAUUCGAUGGCAUGAGAUUCAGAAGUACUCUGUCCGAUAA